GCUAAUUAUUAAUUAAUAUUUUAGGGUUUUUGGUAGAAUCCUUUUUUUUUUCCCUUUUCUAUUCCAACGGUGGAAAAAGAGUAGGGAAGGGAUCUUUCCACCCUCUCCUCCGAGUCCUCUCAUUCGAUUUAUAGCGUUCGUUUCCCUGUUUUGUUACUGGGAGGACUCUUGGCUCUGUACUAUUCGCCUCGCAGAGAAGAAAGGGGAGAGAUCCACCCUCGCUUCUCGCUUCGCUCCGGCCGCUGGUAGGUGAACUUUCUCCCUCUUCUUUUGGGCCAUCGUCGCUAGGUUUUAUUGUGUUGUGGUUGUUGUUUGGUUGCUGACAACUAUUGCAGCGCCGAAGUUGAAUUCGUUGGAGUUAGUUUGGAACUCUUUCGCCCUUUCUCGUUAUUUCUUUCGUAUUUAAUCGUUAUCUCCUUGCAUCGUUCUUUCGAUCGUAUUGUAUGCUUCUAAAUCGUCUUCCAAGUCUGGAGGGAUUCCAUCGUGGAAAUUCUGCUUCGUUUAUUAGAACUCUGGUGGAUUGGUUGAGUAGCAUAUACAUUAGGGAAUCGUUCAGUGUGUUUUCAACUUGAUUUCUGAGUUCGUGUCUCGCACCUGUGCGGUUGCUGCGAUUCUGAUGUUCAGAGGCUCCGACUAUUACUAACUGGUGGUUCAGCUUGCUUAAUGUUAGGUUGAUUUCUCGUGCUUUUUCUAUUUGAAAGCUCAUAUUAUAGAAAGCUCCUUAAGUCGAUUUGGUUUAUUCCUCUCGAGACCUAGCCGGUUCAUCAAUCUCUGAAGCUCUUGAUGUCAUGUCCUGCUGCGAUCACGAAACCCCUAUUCUUUCUUCUCGUAAUUGAUCACGGUUUUCUGAUGCAGACAAACCAUGAUGAAGUCUGCCAGGGGUAAGGGGACAUCCAAAGCUACCAAGGAAGCUGUGAAGCCUGCAGAUGACAGGAAAGCCAGCAAGAGGAAGGCUGCGCCUGUUUCUGUAGCGGACAAAGGUGACAAGCAGAGAGCUAGGAAGGAUAAGAAGGCCAAGAAAGACCCAAAUAAGCCAAAGAGGCCCCCCACUGCUUUCUUUGUCUUCCUUGAGGAGUUCAGGAAAACAUUCAAGAAGGAGAAUCCCAAUGCCAAUGCUGUAUCUGCGGUUGGGAAGGCCGGUGGACAGAAGUGGAGGGAAAUGUCUGCUGCUGAAAAGGCUCCAUAUGAAGCCAAAGCUGGGAAAAAGAAGGAUGAGUAUGGAAAACUCAUGGAUGCUUACAACAACAAGAAGGAGAGUGAUGCUGUUCAUGGAGAUGACUCGGACAGGUCGAAGUCCGAGGUCAAUGAUGAUGAUGAGGAGGAGGAUGCUCCUGCUACAAAGGAAGCACCACAUGAGGCAGAGCAAGAAGUAGAAGAGCAAGAAGAAGAAGAGGAGGAUGAUGAGGAGGAAGAUGCGGAUGAGGAUGAUGAAGACUGAAUCUAUAAUUACAGGGACUAAAACUUUAUGCUUUUUUUUUUUUUUUUUUAAUUUUUGGGAACCAUCGUACUGGCCAACACAGUUUUUACUCUACUGCUGUAUAUUAAUUAGGGGUUUGGCCUCCAGAGCAUCCCUCUUAUUGAUCCCUUAGCAUGAUGUAUGCAUAUUAGUUUAACGCAGGCGUGAUGGUCUAUGGUCCCCUUAGAAAGAUAAUUCACCCCGCAAAGGUUUUUUCUUCUUCUUUUUCCGAUGAUGCAUGAGUUUGUAUUUAUAUCAGAACAAACCAGUUGGGGCAACAAAGGCAUUGCCACCUGAGGAAAGAUCACAAGUUCCCCAAACUAUAACCAUACUAGAGCCUCCUGCAUAUUCUAACUACUCAAAACCUAGCCAAGUUUAGGCGUUGCCAAACUGAUCCAUCAAUUCACUGCCAACAAGGAUUUCAGUCAACACGUGCAUAACCUGCUUUUCCUUUGAAACUGUGCAGUGUGCAUAUCCCAAUUAAUUCUGCUCUCCUUCAGUUCCAGGGAUAUUAGCAACCUGUGUGAGAAAAGUUUCAUGAACUAAUUGAUAGAAAACAGGACAAGCAAAAAACAAGUGGUCAUGAGAUUCCAGUCAAUGUCAUCACCAUUUAAUCAUUCUAUCUGUAGUCUGCACAUGGUCCUGAAUUACUAGCCAUAGUAUAAAAUGAUUUCGAGGCA